UACACACACAUGUCACGUGUGUUUGUGGGUGUGUUGGGGGUCGUAUGUGUUCUGUGUCAGAUCUGUAAGGGAGUAACAUGAAGCCCAAUCCGCAAAUUCGCCGGAUUUUGGUGGUUGGAUUUUUUUCUCUUCCCUUGUCUCUCUUUUUCUUAGGAACUUGAAAAAGGACGCGCCCAUACAGUUUCAGUAUAAUAUGUCAGAACUCAAAGACCCUGCUAUUAAACUCUUUGGCAGAACCAUUCAGUUGCCGGAUGUUCCAGAUUCUUCUGAAACUAUGCUAGAAGAUUCUUUGCCCGAGGAAGCCAAUGGAGAAGAAGAAGAUGUAGAAGAUCAAAAGGAUAACAUUGGAGGAAACCUGGAUGAUGAAGAGGAUGAGAUGGAAAUUUUGACUGGAAAGGAAUUGCAGGAUCAGAAUUCACAUCCAACUAAAACUGAUAGUAUAAAGGUGCAACCUGUUGGUAGCGACUGUUCAACAAGACCUUCAAAAAGUGAAGAAGAGCAAGGAGAAGCAAGUAAUUCGCAAGAUAAAAUCCUCAAAAAGCCAGACAAGAUACUUCCAUGUCCCCGGUGUAACAGCAUGGAAACCAAAUUUUGUUAUUUCAACAAUUACAAUGUGAACCAGCCUAGACACUUCUGCAAGAAUUGCCAGAGAUAUUGGACAGCUGGUGGGACCAUGAGGAAUGUGCCUGUAGGUGCUGGUCGUCGGAAAAACAAGAACUCAAUUCCACAUUACCGUCAAAUAUCUGUCUCUGAAACACUUCCGAGUGCUCAAGCAGAUUAUCCAAAUGGAAUCCAACAACCUGUUCUUGCGUUUGGCUCCCCUACACCACUCUGUGAAUCAAUGGCUUCAGUUUUGAACAUUGCCGACAAAACAAUGCAUAAUUGCUCACAAAAUGGGUUUCAUAAACCACAAGAUCCCGGGGUUCCAGUUAGUUAUGGAGCUGGAGAUAAUGGAGAUGAUCAUUCCAGAAGAUCAUCAGUCACUACUGCAAAUUCAGAGGAUGAAGUUAGCAAAAUUGUACCGGACCAGCUAAAGAACUGCCAUAACUUUCCACCUUACGUGGCUUGCUAUCCUGGUGCUCCUUGGCCAUAUCCAUGCAAUUCUGUCCCAUGGAGCUCUGCAGUCCCUCCUCCUGGUUAUUGCCCUCCUGGCUUUCCUAUGCCGUUUUACCCAGCAGCUUCAUAUUGGGGUUAUACUGUAGCAGGUUCUUGGAAUGUUCCUUGGAUAUCCCCAACAACUGGUUCCCUAAUUCAAACACCUCCAACUUCUGGUCCUAAUUCUCCAACUCUAGGGAAACACUCAAGGGAUGAAAACAUACUAAAACAGCUGAGCAACAAGGAAGAGUCUUCAAAAGAGAGUAAUCCUGAGAAGUGCCUCUGGGUUCCAAAAACUCUGCGAAUAGACGAUCCAAGAGAGGCUGCCAAGAGUUCUAUAUGGGCGACAUUGGGAAUAAAACAUGAUAGUGUUGAGUCAGUUGGUGGAAGUCCUUUCAAUGCUUUUCAGCCGAAGAAUGAUGACAAUAUUAGUGUUUCAGAAAACUCUACUGUAUUACAAGCAAACCCAGCAGCAUUGUCUCGGUCAGUAAAUUUCAAUGAGAGCUUAUAAGCAGUUGUGAAAUCAUUGAGAAUGUUAAAUACGAGACAGUGAUUGCAAGGCCAGCAGAAAUUCUUCAGCUCAGCAACUCUCAACUACCGUUACCUGUCAGUAUUUUGGUUAGAGCGAGUUCUUCACACAGUACUGUUGGGGAAAUUGUAGGAUAGACUCCUUCAAUCUCUGUCAGAUCGGAGUAGAUCAAUAAUAUCUAGAAGCUAAUUUCUCCUUUUUGUGUGAAAAAGAAAGGUGGCUUUUGGUUGAUAGUGUUUUCUUUUUUCAUUUCCAUUUUCCUAGUUGAUGUAUAUACUUGUAUUUUGAGAAAGUGAGGUAAACUAGGCUGUUUAUGUACCAAAUUCACAUGAAUAAGCUGAAGGUAAAAUUUGAAAGUUCCUUAUUUGCCUAA